GACGCCUCCCGGGCUCGCUCAGGCCCCACGCGGGGCGUGUGAGGCAUUUGCACACGCGCACAAAUCCGUAUACAGACACACGCGCGCGCGACACUGUCCCUCCUGGUGGGGCGCGCGGAACGCCCCCACCCUCUGGCCCCUCGCGCGCAUCCGCGAGCGCACCCGCCACAGCAGCUCCCGCAGCCCCGGCCGCCCUUCCCCCUCACCUACCUGCGCCCCUUCCCCCCAGGCCAGGCACCUCCCCGACCGGGCACCCCAGCAACGCCCUCCCCCCUCCGUCCCUUUCUCCUAGGGCGGCGUGCAGAGGUCGCGGCGGAGCCCAGGACCGUGCGAACAUGGCGCUUAUCCCCUGCCAGGUGCUGCGAGUGGCCAUCCUGCUGUCCUACUGCUCCAUCCUGUGCAACUACAAAGCCAUUGAGAUGCCCGCGCACAAGACCUACGGAGGCAGCUGGAAGUUCCUGACGUUCAUAGACUUGGUUAUCCAGGCUGUCUUUUUUGGAAUUUGUGUACUGACUGAUCUUUCCAGUCUCCUGACCAGAGGGAGCAGUAACCAAGAACAAGAAAGACAGUUAAAGAAGCUUAUCUCUCUCCGGGACUGGAUAUUGGCUGUCUUGGCAUUUCCUGUUGGUGUAUUUGUUGUGACUGUGUUUUGGAGCAUCUACAUCUAUGAUAGAGAGAUGGUUUAUCCGAAGUUACUUGAUAAUUUUAUUCCUGCUUGGCUGAACCAUGGAAUGCAUACAACAGUGCUGCCAUUUAUAUUAAUUGAGAUGAGGACAUCGCAUCAUCAGUAUCCCAGCAGGAGCUGCGGACUUGCUGCAGUGUGCACCUUUGCUGUUGGCUAUAUAUUAUGGGUGUGUUGGGUGCAUCAUGUAACAGGGAUUUGGGUGUACCCUCUCUUGGAACACAUUGGCCCAGGAGCCAAAAUAACCUUCUUUGGGAUCGCAACUGUCUUAAUGAACCUUUUGUACCUGUUGGGAGAAGUUCUGAACAACUACAUCUGGGAUACUCAAAGGACAUGCUUCCCGACUUGGCAAGGCAUAUACUCUUAGCCAAACUGCCCAGUUUAUCCCAAGGCUCUAUAGAAUGAUGUAAAAAUUGGAAGAUGGAAAAAGCAGCAGCACAGAUCCUCGCCAGUUUCAGUCCACAUCGAAUGCACAUCCGACAGCAAGAUUUAUUUUCAAACCUGAUUUGGGCUUACUUGGUGGUGGGUGGUUUCUGUUGUUAGUUUUAACCAAAAUACUAAACUCUGAAGAUCUCUGGGCUUCAUCCAGGAAGAAGUCAGGGAUACCUAAGGUAAAUCAUGCCUUAGUGGUAGGAUACUGCCAGUAGACUCUGCAUCCUAGAGUUGUAUGCAUAAAGGUGGAAGCCAGGAUUAUACAGCACAGGGAUCUUUACAAGUUUCUCUUUCCUUAGAUCUGUUUAGUCUUGCUACUAAACAGUCUAUUACACACCAAACACUUGAGCUAACUGGUCUAUAAUGUAGAACCUGGUCAUAGGACCAGAACUUAAAAAAAAAUCUAAAUUAGGAUAAUAGAUUCAGAGUGUGAAAGGAUUUACAAGAUCAUCUAAUCUAACCCCUUCUUUUUACCAGUGAAAGACCAGAAGCCUAGAAUGAUUAAAUUACUUGCUCAAGGUUAUCACCUUGAGCAUAGUCAUUAAGAAAAGUGAGGUAUAAACCUCCUCUGACCAAAGCUAACAUUUUUUUUUGCUAUACUACACUGAUACUAAUUGUGUGGCCUAAGGUAAGUGAUUUGAUAGUUGUUCCUUCUUUAAAAUGUAACUAAUAAUCCCUCAUUUACUUCACAGGAUAUUUUGAGAAUGGAAUGGAAAGUACAUGUGUUUAGAGGUUCUUAGGAAAAAGGCAGUAUUUAGAUUUGAGGCAAUCAAAUCAACUUUCUAUUAUUCAGAAGCUACCUAUGAACCCUUUGCUACUCUUUUACUUGCUGCUGUUAGCCAUUUAACUACAGUCAAGGGUAUGAUCCAAUUCAAACUGGGGAACCAGUUGUUAAAUUUUCAGUUUGAAUAAUGUCAGAAAUCAGCAAAUGUUACAAGUAAGGGUUCAUUUUGUUAUUG